CGGCCCCUGGACAUCCUGGCAGAGGUCGUCCCGCCCCCCGGCGCCCCAAGCGAAAUCAGGACGAUGCAGGCGCACGGCGUGCGGGGACUCCAGCUCUCGGCAGCCGCCCCCCAGGCCAUGAGCUUCCCCGCCUCCCGGAUUUUCUUCCGAUGUGAUCUCUUCCCUCAAGAAUUUUCCAUCGUUGUGACCUUGAAAGUCCCCGAUCUUCCACCCAAGAAGAACGAGUACCUGCUGACGCUGGUGGCGGAGGAGAGCGACGCGCUGCUGCUCGGCCUGCGCUACUCGCCCACGCAGCUGCACCUGCUGUUCCUCCGCGAGGACGCGGCGGGAGCCUGGCAGACACGCGUGUCCUUCCGCAGCGCGGCCCCCACGGACGGCCAGUGGCACACGCUGGUCCUCGCCGUGUCCGGAGCAUCCUUCUCGCUCAGCGCGGACUGCGGCAUCCCGCUGCACCUAACGGCUGACGUGCCCUUCCCUGCCACCCUGUCAGUGAGAGGAGCUCGGUUCUUUGUUGGCAGCCGAAGGAGAAGCAAAGGCCUGUUCACAGGCCUGGUGAGGCAGCUGGUCCUGCUGCCAGGCUCGGACGCCACCCCCAGGCUGUGUCCCAGCAGGAACGCCCAGCUGGCUGUGCUGUCCAUCCCACGGGUUCUGCAGGCCCUCCCGGGGAAGCCGGAAGACAACGAGGUGCUGCAGUAUCCCUAUGAAACCGACCUGAAAGUGACGCUGGGGUCCCGGCCGCCAUGUACCAAGGUGGAAGACGCCCAGUUCUGGUUUGACGCCAGCAGGAAGGGGCUGUAUUUGUGUGUCGGCAACGAGUGGGUCUCCGUGUUAGCAGCCAGAGAGAGACUGGACUACGUGCAGCAGCACCAGGACCUGCUCACCAGCUCGGAGACCCUGGGCAUCGAGGUGUUCCGCAUCCCAGGGGUGGGGCUCUUCGCCGCCACGGCCAAUCGGAAGGCCACGUCCGCCAUCUACAAGUGGACGGACGGCAAGUUCGCCUCGUUCCAGAGCCUCCGCACACACCAGGCACAGUCCUGGCGACACUUCACCAUCGGGAGAAAGGUCUUCCUGGCUGUGGCCAACUUCGAGCCAGACGAGAAGGGUCAGGAGUUCUCUGUCAUUUACAAGUGGAGCCCCAGAAAGCUGAAGUUCGCCCCGUACCAGAGGAUCGCCACCCACAGCGCCCGCGACUGGGAGGCCUUCGAGGUGCACGGGGAGCACUUCCUGGCGGUGGCCAACCACCGGGAAGGUGACAACCACAACAUCGACAGCGUCAUCUACAAGUGGAACCCGGCGACCCGCCUCUUCGAGGCCAACCAGACCAUCCCCACGUCCGGCGCCUACGACUGGGAGUUCUUCACCGUGGGGCCCUACUCCUUCCUGGCGGUGGCCAACACCUUCAACGGCACGUCCACCCGCGUGCACUCGCGCCUGUACGUCUGGCUGCUGGGCGCCUUCCAGCUCUUCCAGUCGUUCCCGACGUUCGGCGCCGCGGACUGGGAGGUCUUCCACAUCGGGGAGAGGAUCUUCCUGGCCGUUGCCAACAGCCACAGCUACGACGCGGCGGUGCAGGCGCAGAACGGCUCCUACGUCCUCAACUCGGUCAUCUACGAGCUGAACCUGACCGCACAGGCCUUCGUCAAGUUCCAGGACAUCCCCACCUGCAGCGCGCUGGACUGGGAGUUUUUCUCGGUGGGAGAAGACUACUUCCUGGUGGUGGCGAACUCCUUCGACGGAAACACCUUCUUGGUGAACAGUAUUAUUUACAGGUGGCAGGGCUACGAGGGCUUCGUGGCGGUGCACAGCCUCCCCACCUUCGGCUGCAGGGACUGGGAGGCCUUCAACACCUCGGCCGGCUCCUACCUCAUCUACUCCAGCGCCAAGGAGCCCCUGUCCAGGGUCCUGCGGCUGAGGACGCGCUGAGGGAGCGCGGGCUGCUGGGAACAGGGCGACAAGGCCGGGGAGGACCCCAAUACUCCCAACCCAGGUGGCCUUGGACCCCCGGGCGCGCUGAGCCUGGGGCAGCCGGUGGGCAGCAGGCGGGGUCCAGGCAGGGCCGUCCGUGGCCCUUGGGCUGGUGGGACGCCCGUCCACCUCCGCGCCCUCUCCAAGUCGGGUUCGCCCGCCCUGGGCAGGUGGCUGUGCCAGAGCCUCGGGCCCGGUGACUGCCCGGCUGCCGCGUUCGGUGGCUCUGCGUCCUUCCGGCUGCAGACAGAGCCCGCCAGCCUGGCCAGCGCGGCGUCAGCAGGGAUCUCACCCGAAGGGAAGAGUUUCCAUAAAGUUUUACCUCAAAACAACGGAGCUCGGGCACACGUCCCCGUGGCGUCAGCCUUGGCCCAGCCGCUCGUGUCGUGGCGCCCAGGUGUGCGAGCAGGUGCACCGCUGGGAGACGCACCCACUGCCGCCUAUUUAUUGUGUCGUGUCUACACGGAAAUAUAUUUAUACGCUCUUUACAGA